GUCAGGCGCGGCCCUGCUGCUUCCUGCGCCGCGGCGCCGACAGCCCGCGUAGCUCCUUGGCCGCGGAGCGUUCCUUUUCGGUCCCCGACCCCGUCUCUCUCCCUGUCGUCUCUCCGUAGCCUGCCCUGCAGAGGCCAUGGAGGACGAGGAGAGGCAGAAGAAGCUGGAGGCCGGCAAAGCGAAGCUUGCCCAGUUUCGACUAAAGAAAGCUCAAUCUGAUGGGCAGACUCCUAAGAAGCAGAAAAAGAAGAGGAAAACUUCAAGCAGUAAAAAUGAUGUGUCAGCAUAUCCUGCUUCGAAUAUUGAGCAAUCACAGAAUGAGGAGAUGUGCUUAAGUAGUUCUCAGAGGAUAGAACCAACAGUGACUCCGGGAUCUGCAGUGCAAACUCUGCACAGUGGAGAAAUAACCAAACAUGACCUGGUCUUUUCUGUUGAGCCCGAAAGUGAAAUCUCAACUACAGCAGAUGAUUACAGUUCAGAGGUAAAUGGUUGCAGUUUUUUUGUGAGAACAGAAAAGCCUACAAAUUUAUUAAGGGAUAAAGAAUUUGGAGUUGAUGACUCUUCCUCUGAACAUGGAGCACAGUACAGUCAGACCCACCUAGAGAUGAUGGAAAAUGAGCUGGCUGGGAAGCAGCAUGAGAUUGAGGAGCUAAAUAGAGAGCUAGAAGAAAUGAGGGCCACUUAUGGUUCUGAAGGACUACAGCAGUUGCAAGAAUUUGAAGCUGCUAUUAAACAAAGAGAUGGUAUCAUAACCCAGCUCACUGCUAAUUUACAACAAGCCAGAAGAGAAAAGGAUGAGACAAUGAGAGAAUUUCUGGAACUGACAGAACAAAGUCAAAAAUUGCAGAUUCAAUUCCAGUAUUUACAUGCUAGUGAAACUCUGAGAAACAGCACUCACAGUAACACAGCUGCAGAUUUACUACAAGCCAAACAACAGAUCCUCACUCAUCAGCAACAGCUGGAAGAACAAGACCAUUUAUUAGAAGAUUAUCAAAAGAAGAAAGAGGACUUCAAAAUGCAAAUUAACUUCUUACAAGAGAAAAUUAGAGCUUGUGAAAUGGAACAAGAUAAAAAAGCAGAAAGCUCAAAUAAAGAAAUACUGGAAAAGGAGACUAUUAUUAAAGAAUUAAAUAUAAGAUUAAUAGAAGAAGAAAAAAAAACUCUUGAGCUAAAGGGUAAAGUAACAACUGCUGACAAAUUACUAGAGGAAUUACAAGAAGAUGUUCUAAAGAAGAAUCAAGAGAUCAAAAACAUGAAGGUAGAGCUGACUAAUUCCAAGCAAAAAGAAAGACAGUGUUCUGAGGAAAUAAAACAGUUAAUGGGGACAGUUGAAGAACUUCAGAAGAAAAAUCAUAAAGGUAGCCAAUUUGAAACUGAUGUCCUACAAAGAGUGGAACAAGAAACAGAAAGAAAAUUAGAACAACUUCGAGCAGAGUUGGAUGAGAUGUAUGGGCAGCAGAUAGUACAAAUGAAACAAGAAUUAAUAAAACAACACAUGUCAGAGAUACAUGAACUUAAUACACGACAUAAGGAAGGACUAGAGAAUGCUUUAAAAUCAUAUUCAAAUAUUACAGUUAAUGAAGAUCAAGUAAAGUUAAUGAAUGUGGCAAUAAAUGAACUGAAUAUAAAACUACAAGAUAGUAAUUCUCAAAAAGAAAAACUCAAGGGAGAGCUGGCUGUAAUUUUGGAAGAAAAGUCUUCGCAACAGAGACAGCUUGAAGAUCUUUUAGAAGAAUUAAGCUUUUCAAGAGACCAAAUUCAGAGAGCUAGACAGACAAUAGCUGAACAAGAAAGUAAACUCAAUGAAGCACGUAAAUCCCUUAGUACUGUGGAAGAUUUGAAGGCUGAGAUUGUUUCUGCAUCCGAAUCCAGGAAGGAACUUGAAUUAAAACAUGAAGCAGAGGUUACAAAUUACAAAAUAAAACUUGAAAUGUUGGAAAGAGAAAAAGAUGCUGUGUUAGACAGAAUGGCUGAGUCACAAGAAGCUGAGUUAGAGAGACUAAGGACACAGCUUCUCUUUAGUCAUGAAGAAGAACUUUCAAAGCUGAAAGAAGAUUUAGAAGUUGAACAUCGAAUAAAUAUUGAAAAACUUAAAGAAAACUUAGGCAUUCACUAUAAACAGCAGAUAGAUGACUUACAGAAUGAAAUGAGUGCUAAGAUGGAAACCAUGCAGUUUGAAAAAGACAGUUUGAUAACUAAACAGAAUCAAUUAAUUUUUGAAAUUUCAAAGCUAAAAGAUUUGCAGCAGUCCCUUGUGAAUUCAAAAUCAGAGGAAAUGACUCUUCAAAUCAAUGAGCUUCAGAAAGAAAUUGAAAUACUCAGACAAGAGGAAAACGAAAAGGGUACACUUGAACAAGAAGUUCAAGAAUUACAACUUAAAACUGAAUUAUUGGAAAAACAAAUGAAGGAAAAAGAGGAUGAUCUUCAAAAAAAAUUUGCACAGCUUGUAUCAGAGAAUAGCAUUCUUAAAGAUGAAAAGAAUGCCCUUGAAAACAUGUUGAAAAUAUACACUCCUGGUAAUCAGGAAGAAGGGUUAAUUUUCACAGACUCCACUAAAUCCAAAAUGAAAGACUCUAGCUGGCAAAAAGAAAUUGAAAUACUUGCAGAGGAAAAUGAGGACCUCAAAAAGCAAUGUAUUAAACUAAAUGAAGAGAUUGAAAAGCAAAAGAACACUUUUUCCUUUGCUGAAAAAAAUUUUGAAGUUAAUUAUCAAGAGUUACAGGAGGAUUAUGCGUGCCUUCUUAAGGUGAAAACUGAUUUAGAAGAUAGUAAAAAUAAGCAAGAAGUAGAGUAUAAAAAUCAGCUUAAAGCACUUAGUGAAGAGCUUCAUCAUUUGCAAAGAAAUCCAACUGUUCUCAAAAUGAAAAGUGCAGUCUUUGAUGAUGACAAAGCUUUUAUCACAGAAUCCUUGGAAAUUGGCGAGGUUGUUGAGAAAGAUACAACAGAACUAAUGGAAAAACUUGAAGUAACAAAACGGGAAAAGUUAGAACUCUCAGAGAAACUGUCUAAUCUUUCUGAACAAUUAAAACAGAAACAUGAUGAGAUUGGGUUUCUAAGUGAAGAAGUUAAAUCUUUAAAGCAAGAGAAAGAGCAAGUUAUGUUGAGAUGUAGAGAGCUAGAAAUCAUACUUGACCAUAAUAGGACAGAAAAUAUAAGUGUAUGUGAUGGUCAGUUAAGUUCUUUAAAAGAUGGAGUUCUGACUUUGACAAGCAGUGAUUCUGGAAGUACAUUUUCUAAGAUAAAUAGCAAUCUUGGCAAACAACCCAAAAAAAUGGAGAAUGAUGACAUACCUUUGGAAACUAUGACUGUUGUGAAAGUAAGCAAUCAAGAACAGUUGAUUUUGGAUCAUUUUCCUGCAGUGACACAUGAAUCAUCACUUCGUUCUGUGGUGCCAAAUGAAAAUGUUAAACUUCAAAGGGAACUCAGCAUACUUAAAUCAGAACAGAACGAUUUAAAACUGCAGAUGGAAGCUCAGCGCAUAUGCCUUUCUCUGGUUUAUUCAACCCAUGUGGAUCAGGUUCGUGAAUAUAUGGAAAAUGAGAAAGAUAAAGCUCUUUGCAAUCUUAAAGAAGAACUUGUUUUUGCUCAAGAGGAAAAGAUCAAGGAACUUCAGAAAGCACACCAGCUAGAGCUGCAAAAUAUAAAAACACAAGAAACAGGUGAUGAUGUUAAAACUUUACAAAUGCUUAUUGGAAAGCUUCACAAGGCAGUUUCUGAAGAAUGUUCUCAUUUUACACAGGCUUUUUGCAGUGUCUUCAGUGAUCGCUAUAUUCCCACUUCAAAAUGUAAAGAAGAUGUAGAAGAGAGAGCAAGUCCUGGUAUUAAUUCUGAAAACCAAGAACUAGAAUUGCAAGGCUUUAGAUGUGAAGUUCGAGAUGUUCAAGAAAACAUGCAAGAGCUUCUCACCAGAGUGACACAAGAAUACAACAAACUCUUGGUACUUCGGACAAGAUUAAGUAAGAUUCAAAGGCAGCAGAAGGAUGAUGUGAAAUUUGAAUUUACUGAAGAUGAUCUACCAGAAGAGGAAACAGAGUUUUUGGCCACCUAUUCUCAGAUGUCCAACUUUCAAGACAUUGAUGUCAGUCAUACAAGCAAAUUAUCUUCUCUACAAGAUAUCAAAAUUAAACAUCUUGAAGAACAAAUUCAAGAAUUAGAAAACUCCUUAUCUUCUGUGAACCAGCGAUUAAAAGAAACAGAAGACAAUCAUGCGGUAGAGAUCCACUGUUUGCACCAAAGGCUUCAACAUGCCAGUGAGGCCACAGUUCCACCAAGCUUCUCCAUUGAUUCAAAGGUAAUUACUGAAUCUGAUGCAUGGGAAACAAAAUACCCUGGAAGUUGUCUGAAAGAAAAUAUUGGUGGUACAGUAGAGUUUUCUGAUGAAUUUGGAGUGAAACAGGAAGCACAUACAGCUAAGUUGCUGGAAAAGCAGUACCAAGAACGAUUAGAAGAAGAAGUAGCUAAGGUUAUUGUGUCAAUGAGUAUAGCAUUUGCUCAGCAGACAGAACAAUCGAGACUAUCCAGGGAAAAAGAAGUCCCACUGUCACUAAAACAACCACAAACUCUCUGUCAGCAAGAAAACCAAAAUUAUUUAGAAGAAAUAAAAUUGUCACAAGGUCAAGUUAGUUUUCAGACUCCUGUGGCAACAGACAUGAAAUUUAAAGAUGAAUUUAAACCACUUAGUAAAGAAUUAAGAGAAGAUGGGAAAGAGGUUCUUUUAUCAAAUCAUGCUAAUAUCAGUGCCUCAGAGUCAAAGGACUAUGAACUGACUAUUUCAGAAGAACUGUACUCCAAAGAGAAAACAUGUGUAGCUAGAGAAAUGAGUCAUGGUGAGAUUUUGGUAUCAAAUAUGGAUGCUUCUAGACAACUAAUGUUAAAUGAAGAACAGCUGGAAGAUAUGAGGCAGGAACUUGUACGACAGUACCAGGAGCAUCAGCAGGCAACAGAACUGUUGAGGCAAGCACACAUGCGCCAAAUGGAGAGACAGCGAGAAGACCAAGAGCAGCUUCAAGAAGAGAUUAAGAGACUGAAUAGACAGUUAGCCCAGAGAUCCUCAAUAGAUAAUGAAAACCUGGUUUCAGAAAGAGAGAGGGUGCUUUUAGAGGAGCUGGAAGCAUUAAAGCAACUAUCCCUAGCUGGAAGAGAGAAGUUGUGUUGUGAGCUGCGCAACAGCAGUACGCAAACACAGAAUGGAAAUGAAAACCAAGGGGAAGUUGAAGAACAGACUGUAAAAGAGAAGGAAUUGGAUAGAAAAUCUGAAGAUCUGGCUCCUGAUACUCUGUCCAAUGAAAGAUAUGCACUCCAGAAAGCUAACAACAGACUUCUGAAGGUCCUCUUAGAAGUUGUAAAGACAACGGCAGCUGUAGAAGAAACAAUUGGUCGUCAUGUCCUUGGUAUUCUAGAUAGAUCCAAUAAAGGCCAGUCAUCCGUCAGCCCGAUUUGGAGGUCAGAAGCAGAGGCACCCAUGAAGUCAUGUAUCCAUGAAGCACACUCGGGAGUUACAGAUGAUUCUAUACCCUCUUACUCUGCAAGUGACAUCCCAAGAAAUGACAGUAGCAUGUGGUCGACGGUAACUGAGGAAGGAACAGAACUCUCACAACGACUUAUAAGGAGUGGUUUUACUGGGACAGAAGUAGACCCUGAAAAUGAAGAACUUAUGUUGAAUAUCAGCUCUCGGCUACAAGCAGCAGUUGAAAAACUCCUAGAAGCCAUAAGUGAAACAAGUAGUCAGCUUGAACAUGCAAAAGUUACACAGACUGAGUUGAUGCGUGAGUCAUUCAGACAGAAACAGGAAACAGCAGACUCCCUUAAGUGCCAAGAAGAACUGCGAGAGCGCCUUCACGAGGAGUCCAGGGCCAGAGAACAGCUGGCUGUGGAACUCAGUAAGGCUGAAGGUAUCAUUGAUGGCUAUGCAGAUGAAAAAACUCUUUUUGAAAGGCAAAUUCAGGAAAAAACUGAUAUAAUAGAUCGUCUUGAGCAGGAGUUGUUAUGUGCAGGUAACAGGUUACAAGAAUUGGAAGCAGAGCAGCAGCAGAUUCAAGAAGAAAGAGAAUUACUGUCCAGACAGAAGGAGGCUAUGAAGGCAGAGGCAGGCCCCGUGGAACAGCAAUUGCUACAGGAAACAGAAAAAUUAAUGAAGGAAAAAUUGGAAGUACAGUGCCAAGCCGAAAAAGUAUGUGAUGACCUUCAAAAACAAGUGAAAGCUCUAGAAAUAGAUGUCGAGGAACAAGUUAGUAGAUUCAUAGAGCUGGAACAAGAGAAAAAUGCUGAGCUAAUGGAUGUAAGACAGCAAAACCAAGCACUGGAAAAGCAAUUAGAAAAAAUGAGAAAAUUUUUAGAUGAACAAGCCAUUGAUAGGGAACAUGAAAGAGAUGUUUUCCAACAAGAAAUACAGAAAUUGGAACAGCAGCUUAAGGUUGUACCUCGAUUCCAGCCUGUCAAUGAACAGCAAACUACAGAGGUUGAACAGUUAACAAAUCAUCUGAAAGAAAAAACAGACAAAUGCAGUGAACUUUUGCUCUCUAUAGAGCAAUUUCAGAGGGAUAUACAGGAGAGGAAUGAAGAAAUUGAGAAAUUGGAAUUUAGAAUUAGGGAAUUAGAACAAGCCUUACUCAACAGUACAGAUACUUUUCAAAAGGUGGAAGACCAAAAACAGUUUGGGGUGAUAGAAAGUAAAGCAGAUUUGUCUCUAGAAGUACAAUUACAGGCUGAGCGAGAUGCCAUAGACAGAAAGGAGAAAGAGAUCACUAACUUAGAAGAACAAUUAGAGCAAUUCAGAGAAGAACUAGAAAAUAAGAAUGAAGAAGUUCAACAACUACAUAUGCAAUUGGAAAUACAAAAAAAGGAAUCUACUACCCGUCUACAAGAACUUGAACAAGAAAACAAGUUGUUUAAGGAUGAAAUGGAGAAACUAGGAUUUGCCAUAAAGGAAUCUGAUGCUAUUUCUACUCAUGAUCAGCAUGCGCUAUUUGGGAAAUUUGUUCAAUUAAUGCAGGAAAAAGAGGUAGAAAUUGGCCAAUUGAAUGAUCAGAUUACAAAACUUCAACAUCAGCUUGAAAUUACAACAGAUAAUAAGAUUAUUGAAGAAAAAAAUGAACUGAUAAGAAAUCUUGAAAACCAAAUAGAAUGUUUGAUGAUCGAUCAAGAACGUGUAAAGAAAAACAGAGACGAAGAAAUUGAGCAGCUCAAUGAAGUGAUUGAAAAGCUUCAACAAGAAUUAGCAAAUAUUGAACAGAAGGCAUCACUGGAUGCUAAUUCUUUCCCAGAAGAGGCAGAUAGUUUAAAACAUCAAUUGGAUAUGGUAACAGCGGAAAAACUGGCUUUGGAACAACAAGUAGAAACUACUAAUGAAGAAAUGGCCUUAACAAAAAAUGUGCUAAAAGAAACAAAUGUUAAAGUGAACCAGCUAACACAAGAAUUAUGCAACUUAAAGAAAGAACGUGAAAAUGUGGGGAAAAUCCAGAGUGUACCAGAAAAAAAUACUCACAUAGAUGUGGAUGUUCUGCACAAAAACAAAUCUGAACUGGAUGUAGACCUCACUCAGAAUGCUCUGACACCUCUGGAAAAUCAGACUUACCUCAAAUCUUUGGAAGAAAGUAGCCGAAUUUCCAUAAACAGUUUUGAAAUAAAGGUGCUACAACUUGAGAACACUGUGAGUGCAAAAGACUUAGAACUUACACAGUGUUAUAAACAAAUAAAGGACUUGCAAGAGCAAGGCCAAUCUGAAGCAGAAAUGCUUAAAAGGAAGAUUAUAAACUUACAGAAUAUACUUGAAGAAAAGGUCGCUGCUGCUCUUGUGAGUCAAGUCCAACUUGAAGCAUUUAAGGAGUAUGCAAAAGUCUAUCAAGAAAAGCAAGCAGUUUCAUUAGAACCAAAAAAACCAAGUAUACAGACUUUAGAUCAAUUAACAGACAAUGAGAUGGUGUUAGAUGUAUCAGCAUUAACCUUAAGGAUAUCAGAACUAGAAAGCCAAAUUGUUGAAAUGCAGACAAGCUUGAUUGUAGAAAAAGAACAGGUUGAAAUUGCAGAGAAAAAGGCUAUGGAAAAAGAGAAGAAGCUUCUAGAGCUACAGAAGCUAUUGGAGGGCAAUGAGAAAAUACCAAAAAAUAUAGAAAGGAAAAGAAGUCCUCAAGGAGAUGUUGAAGUUCUCAAGACUACCACUGAACUAAUUCAAAACAAUGAGGAAAGUGAAUUAUUUGGUCAGCUCGAGGCAGUUCGAGCUGAAUCAGCAGCUAACAAGGAAGAACUUGCCAGUUACAAAAAGAAGGCAGAAACACUACAAGAAGAGCUUUUGUUAAGAGAAAGAAAAGUGGAAUCCCUCCAGAAAGAAUUAAAUGAAGUUAGUGAUCAACUAACAGAGGCAGAAGAGAAAUUAGCCUCCUUCUUAGAAAAAGAAGAUAAGACUGAGGUACAAGAAAGCAGAAAGUUCUGCAUAUUAGAGCCACUUCCUAUUAAAGUGGUUAAAAGCGCUGCAUCCCAGACCAGUGGGACAGUCAAAGUCAGUAGCAGCGAUCACACUCCAGAAAUUCUUGUUAGAAAUGCAGGAAUUCAAAUUGAUUUACAGAGUGACUGUUAUUCAGAAGAAGUCAGUGAAAUAAUCAGUCAGUUUACUGAAAAAAUUGAGCAAAUGCAUGAACUACAUGCUGCUGAAAUUUUGGACAUGGAAUCCAGGCAUAUUUCAGAAACUGAGACCUUAAAGAGGGAACACUAUGUUGCUAUUCAGUUACUGACAGAGGAAUGUGGUACCUUGAAGGCAGUGAUACAGUGCCUGACAUCUAAAGAGGGAUCCACAAUUCCUGAAGUAACACAUUCUGAUGCUUACCAAGCCAAAGACGUUUGUUCCAGUGUAGAUUCUGGAUCAGACUGGGGUCAAGGAAUUUAUCUUACACAAAGUCAAGGAUUUGAUACAGCAUCAGAAGACCGAAGAGAAGAAGGUGAAAGUUCAACAGAUUCAUUUCCAAAGAAAAUAAAGGGAUUACUCAGAGCUCUGCAUAAUGAAGGCAUGCAGGUGCUCUCUCUCACUGAGUCUCCCUAUAGCGACGGAGAGGACCAUUCUGCUCAGCAAGUUUCAGAGGCUUGGCUAGAAGAAAGAAGAGCUUACCUCAGUACAAUCUCAUCCCUUAAGGAUUUGAUUGCUAAAAUGCAAAUGCAUAGAGAAGCAAAGGUUUACGAGAAUUCUCAUCCUCACGAGAGCUUGACAGACUGGCGAACUGAACUUCUUCUUGCCCUUCAGCAAGUUUUCUUGAAAGAGCGCAAUGUCUUACUGGCUGCCUUUCAAACCGAGUUGACAGCUCUAGGUACUAGAGAUGCAGUUGCAUUAUUCAGCUGUUUGGAACAUAGAAUCAAAGAACAGGGUAUUGAAUAUCAGGAAGUUAUGGAAUGGCUGCAGAGUGCAGAUAGGAGGAGUUUGUUAUCUGAAAUUCAAGCACUGCAUGACCAAAUAAAUGGUAGGAAAGUGAUUUUGAAAAGAGAGCAAGAAAGUGAUCAAUCAAACCAAGAUGUCUUAGAAUAUAAUAUGCAACAUAAGCAGUCACAGAUACUGGAGAUGCAAGUGGAGCUCAGCAGUGUGAAAGACAGAGCUACAGAACUGCAGGAGCAGCUGAGUUCUGAGAAAAUGGUGGUUGCUGAACUGAAGAAUGAACUUGCACAAACUAAACUGGAGCUGGAGACAACACUCAAGGCACAACAUAAGCACCUAAAGGAGUUAGAGGCAUUCAGGUUGGAAGUUAAAGAUAAAACAGAUGAAGUACAUUUGCUUAAUGACACAUUAGUAAAUGAGCAGAAAAAAUCUAGAGAGCUUCAGUGGGCUUUGGAGAAAGAAAAAGCCAAAAUAGGACGCAGUGAAGAGCGCGAUAAAGAAGAGCUUGAGGAUCUGAAAUUUUCACUUGAGGGUCAGAAACAAAGAAAUAUUCAACUAAAUCUACUUCUGGAACAACAGAAACAGUUACUAAACGAAUCACAGCAGAAAAUAGAAUCACAAAGAGUGCUGCAUGAUGCCCAGUUAUCAGAAGAACGAGGUCGAAACUUAGAGCUUCAAGUACUUCUUGAAUCAGAGAAAAUUCGGAUUCAGGAAAUGAGUAGUACCUUGGAGAGAGAGCGGGAAUUGCAUGCCCAGCUGCAGAGCUGUGAUGAGAGUGGGCAGCCUUGGCCCACCUUACCCUCUGAGAAUAUCCUUAAGGAUCUACAAAAACAAUUAGAGGAAAAGCACAGUCGCAUAGUAGAAUUGCUAAAUGAAACUGAGAAAUAUAAGCUGGAUUCUUUGCAAGCAAGACAACAGAUGGAAAAGGAUAGGCAGGUUCACAAAAAGACAUUGCAGACAGAACAAGAGGCCAACACUGAGGGACAGAAAAAAAUGCAUGAGCUCCAGUCAAAAGUGGAAGACCUUCAGCGCCAGCUAGAAGAAAAAAGGCAACAGGUCUAUAAGUUAGACCUUGAAGGGAAACGAUUGCAAGGAAUUAUGCAGGAAUUCCAGAAGCAAGAACUAGAAAGAGAAGAAAAAAGAGAAAACAGAAGAAUUCUGUAUCAGAAUCUUAAUGAGCCAAGCACAUGGAGUUUAACAAAUGAUCGAACUAGAAAUUGGGUUCUUCAGCAAAAAAUAGAAGGACAGACAAAUGAAUCAAGCUACCCUAAACUGAUUGAAAUGAACGGAGGAAGCAGUGACUUUAAUCAUGAGUUAGAAAUGAUCAGACAAAAGCUUCAACGUGUGGCUGUAAUACUACAGCAGCUUGCCCAGAAAGCAUCUGACAGACUACAGUUUGAAACAGUAGAUGACGAAAAUUUCAUUUGGGUUCAAGAAAGUAUCGAUGGAGUUAUUUUAGAGCUGCAAAAAUUUACCGGGCAACCAAGUGAAGAGCCUAGCUUAGUGUCCCCAAGUACUUCUUGUGGCUCAUUGAUGGAACGACUACUGAGACAAAAUGCUGAGCUGACAGGACAUAUCAGUCAACUGACCGAAGAAAAGAAUGAUUUAAGAAAUACGGUUAUGAAGCUAGAAGAGCAGAUCAGGUGGUAUCGACAGACAGGAGCUGGCAGAGAUUGUUCUUCUAGGUUUCCAUUCGCUGGCGGUGCCAACAUCGAAGCCAUCAUUGCUUCUGAAAAAGAAGUCUGGAGUAGAGAAAGGUCGACGCUCCAAAAAUCCUUGAAAAGGGCAGAGGCUGAAGUAUACAAAUUGAAAGCUGAACUAAGAAAUGAAGCAUUACUUCAGAACUUGAGUCCCGACUCUGAACAUUAUGCUUUAAAGAGAAUUUAUGGUAAAUACCUGAGAGCAGAAAGUUUUCGGAAAGCUCUUAUUUACCAGAAGAAAUACCUGCUGCUAUUACUGGGUGGUUUCCAGGAAUGUGAAGACGCCACCCUGGCUCUCCUUGCCCGAAUGGGGGGUCAGCCAGCCUUCACAGAUCUUGAGGUGAUCACCAACCGUCCAAAGGGCUUCACCAGGUUUCGGUCAGCUGUCAGAGUGUCCCUGGCAAUUUCAAGGAUGAAAUUUUUGGUUCGACGGUGGCACCGAGUCACAAGUUCUGGUUCUAUCAAUAUUAACAGGGAUGGCUUUGGACUGAAUCCAGGUACUGAAAAGACUGACCCAUUUUAUCAUUCUUCUGGGGGGCUGGAGCUAUAUGGAGAACCAAGACAUGCCACAUACCGCUCAAGAUCAGAUUUGGAUUAUCCUCGGUCUCCUUUACCAUUUCAAAAUAGGUACCCAGGCCCUCCGGCUGAUUUAAAUCCUGGUUCCCUAGCAUGCUCUCAGCUUCAGAACUAUGAUCCUGACAGGGCGCUGACAGAUUAUAUUACUCGCCUAGAAGCACUGCAGAGACGACUUGGAACUGUACAGUCAGGUUCAGUUCAGUUUCAUGCUGGCAUGAGAAGAUAAUCCUUUGAAACAUCAUGAAUCAAAAUGAUUUUGAACAAAUUACCUUUUGUAAAUCAACGGCUAUUUUGUCCUUUUGUAUUGUGGAUAUUCAAUGGGACCAAUACGAACACAGCUUAUGAUUGUAUACAAAUCCUUUGCCAGCACAUGAAAACAAACUGGAAUUUGUACAUAUGAAAAUUGUGUGUCUUCAUGCACAAUAAUCACUAAAUUACAUGUAUAUUUGUGGAAUGCUAAUUUAAAUGAUUAAAUUAUAAACUGUGUAUUUAUCAAAUGGGUAAAAAGACUCAACUUUUGCGCAUUAUGAUACUGCUGAAUGUGUAGCUUGAGGUGUUCCUGCACUUUUCUUCUAAGGCUACUGAAGUUACAUGUUUCUGCCUAAUAUAUUUGCUACCGGUGAUGAGGACAGAUAUCACUUGUAGAGAACUAUUUUUGUAUAAUGGUAGAAGUUUUGAAUUUUAUGGGGUAUUUUGUCAAGUACUGAAAUAAAAAUGACUUCACCAUUUUAAA